AUGCAGCCACCAGCGAGGCGCAAGUGGGAAUUUUCUCCAAGGCGAGACAAGGAAGCGCACAACUCCGGGAGCACGGAUAAGCCAAGCUGGAACGACCCUGAAGGCAACCACACACACUAUGGGACCCUGUCGAUCCUCCUCCCUCUGUUCAGGGGCGCAUCUUGGCUGUGCUUCGUCCACGUUCUAGACCGCAAGCUCACUUGCUCGCCCGGCGAGGACGUAGGAAAAGCAAUAUUCGUUCAGCUUCUACGCUUGACACCGCCUUCAUUCAACUACCUACAUGGACGCAUUUGCAACACCGGCCGUGGCCCAGAAGAAACCCUUGGGUUCAGGUUCAUGAAGCCGUCCGCCCAUCUGCCUCAUAUUCAGGUGCCUCUAUUCGCACUAGCGUCUCUUUCGUCCUCGUAUGAUCAACGCGUGAGCUCAUGCACGAUCGUCGUUGACACCGUUUUGAACGUGUCUUCUCCCGGUCGUGGCCCUUCCGGCCCGGGCUGGCUUCUGUAUUCUCGCAAUACGGACUCUCGACCUAAGCUGUCAUCACUGGAAACAAGUAAAAACAACACACCGUUCCUCGACUAG